GUAUUAAGCAAGUUAAGAGAAUAUUUCUAGAUAUCAUGUAUUUAAAUUUUUAAGAUUCAAUGCAACGCAACACGUGAAUAGUCGGCGUUACGUUAUAAGGUUAUGAAGUUUUAGCGGUAUUUAAAUAAUAGUCGCUAGUAACGAGAAACGGACAGUGGUUUAUAUUUAUGUGAAUUGAAAAUAUUACAUUUAAAGAAUGGGUGAUUCGGAUUUAAAUGAAUUGCUCAGAAUAGCAGAGCAGAUGGCUGCUGAUGUUGAAGGAAAUGGAGAUCUUCCACAAGUGCAAAGAAACCUUCGACAAAUACUUUAUAGUUCUAAUGAAAUAUGGUUACAAAUGAAACAAACUGGAACUCAAGAUAAUCAAGUUAACGCGCACAUACUUCUUGGAUCAAAAGGCAUUGACUUAUCACAAAUUUCACAAAAAUUAAAUUCUCUAAGUACUAGACGAACAUUUGAGCCUCUUGAUCCUAUAGCUGAUACUGAUAUUGUAAAUUAUCUUAAGAAUGAAAAAGAGAAUGCUAUACUCUCAAUCAUAGAACAAGUUCACAGGGAUACUUUUGAAUUAAAUCGAGUUCAACAAUUAGAGCAUACUCUUGGUGAAUGGAAACAAAUGAGAUUUGAAAUCAUGAAUGCUAUGACUGCUCCAUCAGGAGAGUUAGUCGAUCUUCGUGGAACACCCCAAAGGACUAAAGUUGAUGGAUUAAUGAUAAAUUAUCUAAGUAAUAUAGAAGCUGCUUAUGUUAGAGAAUUGCAAAAUUAUAAUGAACAAAUAUUAAAAGGAGUUAUCAGACCUUUCUUAUUUACAAUCUUUACUAAAGCAGCAGAAACAUUUUAUGAUAAAAAAGUUUUGGAUAUGUGGCAAAUGGUGAAAUCUAUGAUCGAUUUACCCUUAACACCAACGGGUGAUCAACUCAAAUACAGAAAUAGUAGUGUUGUUGAAUUAAAAAUUGUAUCUCAAGCAAGAAAGUAUCUUGAAAACAGAUAUAAAGAAUUUAUGAAUUCUGUGAUAAGUGAGAAUUUGGCACAAGCUAAAAGAGGAGGUAAACCUGGUACGUUACCCUUAGUGAAAAGUUUUGUUGGAAUUAAAAUACAAAAUAUGAGAGAUUUGGAAGAAGUAUUGGUAGAAGAUAAGCCUUUGUGGCCCUUAGUUUAUUAUUGUAUGAGAUCUGGUGAUUUAAAAGCAGCGUUGCAAUGUUUAAAUCAGUGUGGUACUAGUUUUCAAGAAUUUAGAUCUGCUCUUGAAGAAGCAAUAGAAGAUCCACAACAUCAUCCCACCUCUAGAGCAGAAUCGACUUUAAAACUUCAUUAUAGGAAGCAUGUAAGAUCUGCUACCGAUCCUUAUAAAAAGGCUGCUUAUUGUGUACUCGUUCCAUGUGAACCCGAUGAUCUACAUACUGAAGUCAUGUCGGCAGCUGAUGAUUAUUUGUGGCUUAAAUUAUGUCAAGUAAGGGACCAACCAGAUUCAGAAAUUAAAUUAACUUUAGAAAAUUUACAAACAACUAUUUUAGAUAUUUAUGGUGAAUCAUAUUAUCAUGCUCAUGAUCAACCAUUUUUAUAUUUUUCAAUGUUAUUUUUAACUGGACAAUUUGAAGCUGCGAUAGAAUUUCUUGCUAGAGGAGCCGGAGGCGAACAUUUAGUUCAUGCAGUUCAUUUAGCUGCUGCCAUGCACGAGCAUAAUUUAUUAGCAGUCAGUCAAAGUGUACUAGCUCCAUUGAUAAGCGUAGAUCCUGCAGAUAAGCCUCCAGCAAAAAGACUAAAUUUUGCAAGAUUAAUAUUACUUUAUGUGAAAAAAUUUGAAUCAUACGAUCCAAAAGAGACAUUACACUAUUUGUUUCUAUUGAGAAAUAUGAAAGAUCCAUAUGAAAGAAACAUGUUUGCUGCAUCGGUAGCAGAAAUGAUUGUAGAGGCUUCAUCGGAUAACCGUACACUACUUGUUGGAAAAAUUGAUAAAGAUAGGAGAUUACCUGGAUUACUAGAUCAAUUCCAAAUAAAUACGGACGAUGUUCUUAAUAUUAGUGCAGAAACUCUACAAAGAAAGGGCUUUUUGGAAGAUGCUGUUUUAAUGUACGAUUUAAUUGGAAAUCACGAAAAAGUAUUAAGUUUAAUGAGUGUUCUUUUAGCUCAAAUAGUUAGUAAAAAAAGUACUCCAGGUUCUCUUAGAUCUCGAUUACAGAUUAAAGCGACUGAAAUAAGUCUUAGGUAUCAAGGCCUGCCAAUUCAAGCAGCAGCUGAGUCAGUUGCAGCUUUUUACAUUUUAAGAGAUCUUAUGGUUUUCUUUGACCAAUUUCAUAAUAAUCAACAUCAAAAUGCUCUUAAAACUAUAGCCGAUUCAAAAUUAUUGCCACUACAUGUUAAAGAAGUUGAUGAAAGGGUUACAGCUUUACGUCGAGUAUCGCCAGAAAUAACCGGUACUUUAGCUGAUGUCCUUUUAGCAACGAUGACUAUUCUUUAUCAUCGGUAUAAUGAUUUACAAGGCAGUCAAUACGAUGAUACUGCAAGACAACAACAAUUAAAAGAUCUUAGAGAACACGCUCGUGCAUUAACUAAUUUUGCAGGAACUCUUCCUUUUAGAAUGCCAAAUGAAACAAAUAUUCGACUAGUUCAAAUGGAAAUUUUUAUGCAAUAACUUUAAUCGUUUAGGUUACAAAUUUUGGUUAUUUUUGAUCUGUAAUAUUUUUUAUAAAAUAAUU